AGCACAGAGCUGAGUAGUCCUUCACGGCUGGUCCUCACAACAGAGAUCACAAACAGAACUGGGUGUUCCUUCCAGUCCUGCUGUCUGCUGAAAUUCGUCUACUUCUGUCAAAGAAGUUUUAAUUUUCUUUUGGCUGAUUUCUUCCCAGCCUGCUGGACUUAUACUAGUUCUGCUUGUGGCAGUUUCAGUUCACCACUGCUCCUUCUGGUACCCACUACCCGUCGGCGUCUACUACCUGCCUGCGUCUACCUACAUCUACCACCUACCUGUCCAUAGUCUCAUCACAACAAGACCACCACAGAUAUGUUUCUACUUCGGUGUGUGUUCUUCUUUGCCCUCGUCACCUCGUCCUGGACAUCGUCACUGCCCUUCUUCAACCUGGGAGCGAAGCCUCAUCAAAACGCCUCCACGUCCUCCAGUGAGGCUCUGAUUACUACCUCCAGCAUGCCCCCUACCUCAAACACGUCCUCAGACUCACCCUCACAUACCUCUAACUCUUCCUCGCUGAACGGGCUAGCUGGGGAAAGUCAAGAUAUGCUGUGCAUCAACAGUCUUCGCAACGAAGCUGUGAUACAAGCCAGCGUGGUCAUGUCUAUCGUCAACAGCUUCAAGGAUGAUUACGUGAGGGCAAAGUUAUUCACAUCCUGGGAUGAUAUCAACUCCUCCUUCAACUCGAAUCUAGACCAGCAAUUCCUGAAGGUGUGUGAUGCCAGUGAUUGUUCCGAGGUGCUGCCUACCCUUGUUAAGAUUCCCCAUUCCUCUCCCAGUACCCUCCAGGAAGCACGAGAGGAGGUGGCCACAAUGACGGGGAUAAUGCAGCAGUACCAAAUUGCUUUGGAACAGCUUUUCCUAGACGAAACCCUCACCCAUCGUCCCCCCAGCGAGAAAUCCUUCCUGGAGGAAGUGGAUAAGGUGUACCGCCUGCUUGAGGGAGUGACAAGAAUAUUGCUGAAGGGUGUGGAACAUUGUGGGGUUGUGCCCGAAUUUUCCACCAUCAGCAAUCUAUCUAGGAAGAUGUACAUUAGAACUCGUAAUAUCAGGAAAAGCAUGAGAGGUUUCGUUACUCUUCGUCAGUUCCUCUUUGGGCUCCAGAAGCUCGUGAAGGACUUCUCCUGAAGCAGUUACAGCGACAACAUCAGUAGCAAUAACAAUACUGAAAUUUAAUAUUUUUUUAUCUUAAGAAUAGAUCAAUACAAAAACAGACCUAUACUGCCACCAAUAUACCUGCUGUGUCAAUCCCACUACUGCCACCAAUGUACCUGCUGUGUCAAUCCCACCACUGCCACCAAUGUACCUGCUGUGUCAGUCCCACCACUGCCACCAAUGUACCUGCAGUAACAAUCCCACCGCUGCCACCAAUGUACCUGCAGUGACAAUGCCACCUACCCACCAUCACAUCACAACGUUCUCUUCUCUCUCCUAUGUCUUAUAGUCUCUAUAUGUCUUAUUCCCUCCACUUCAUUAGUCUUCAGUUAUCACUGUUUUAUUUUCUCCACCUUUCAUAUCAUUCUUUCCACCUAUUCUUAAUUCCUUAACGUCUUUUAGCUUUUCCAGUGCAUCACUGUUCUCUCUCACUCUCAUCCCUAUUCUCAUCCUAUAUUCUUAUUUUUCUCUCUUUUUCACUCUAACUUUUCUAUCUCAUAUAUAUUUUACUCUCUUUUUCCAGUGUUC